UUUAACUAAAGCAGCAGUUGGAACUCAUUGGAGAACAAGGAGCCAAAACUGCAGGCCCAAAGCCAACGUCAACACCAACGCUCCCUGGUGAACAUAUCUAUGCACUACCCCUUGUCCGAGGCAUCAGCACCAUAAAUUCCACACGCACAGCGGUGGCCGCUGCAAUAUCAGCUCACGCGGCUCUAGGGAAUGGCCUCUUCGACCAAGGCUGGGUCGAUCACCGUCCUGGUUUUGAGGGUCUUCGUGUUCCUCUUCCUCUUGGUUUCCCUCGUCGUCAUCGCCACCGACACCGUCACAGUGCCCGAUCCAGAUCCAGAUAGCGAGUCUGAAACAACCACGCUGGGUUUCAAGGAUGUAAUUGCCUACAGAUACGUAUUUUCUGUGGCCGUGAUCGGAUGCGUCUACACGCUCCUACAACUUCCUUUUGCUGCUUUGAACACCAUUAGCGGGAAAAAGUUCAUCGGCAGGAACACCUUCCCACUCUACAUCUUCAUUGAUCUGGUGUUCUCUCUUCUGUUCGCCUCUGGGGUAGGGGCUGGAUUUGGCUUCACGGUGGAUCUGAAGAGACAUCUGGACAAGGCAUUCCGGGGUGACGACGGGGAGAGCUCCGACACAAAUGACGUCGACAAAGCCUUGGACUUGGUGCACGUCUCCACCGGCUUCGUCCUCGUGGCCACCGUGUGCAUGGCCUUCAUCAUCCUCACGUCCACCUUUGCCCUGGCCAAGAAAUGAUGAGUAGUACCGCACCAAACUUUCUCCUCUCGCUCAGAAACAAACAUCCUCGAUCCUAUUCAUCGACUCAAGUCAUUUUGAUGUAGCUUUUUGUUCUAAUAAAAAGCAAGCCACUGCGAUCGUGUUAAUUAAUCUUCUUUUUGUUUA